AACAUGGAAAGUUAGCAACAUGAAUGUCCAUGUAUUAAUAUUCCCAACACCCAUUUGCAUAUUCAACACACCCAAAUUCCUAUUCUAUGUGUUUCAAUUACACAAUGAAAUCAAUCAAAUUCAGAUUAUCACUCUUAUUCUUGUUACUGAUCUCUAAAUCCUUCAUUACAGAAUCAAAAUGUACCAAAACUUGUGACUUAGCUUUAGCUUCUUACAAUAUACAAAAAGGUUCAAACUUAACAUAUAUUUCAUCCAUCAUGAAAUCCAAGGUUGUUUCAAAACCUGAAGAUAUUUUCAGCUACAACAAUGACACAUUACAAAGCCCAGAUUCUCUCCUAGUAGAUUCAAGAGUGAAUGUUCCCUUUCCAUGUGAUUGCAUCAAUGAUGAGUUCCUUGGUCACACUUUUCUAUAUGAGAUUCACCGAGGAGAUACAUAUGCUUCAAUUGCUGAAUUCACUUUUAGCAAUUUGACCACUAAGAAGAGCAUCGAAAGAGACAACGAUUAUAGUCCAGAUAAUAUUCCGGUUGAUGGAACUCUUAAUGUUACUGUUAACUGUUCAUGUGGGAACAGAGAGGUUUCUAAGGAUUAUGGUUUGUUCAUCACAUACCCUCUUAGUCCUAACGACACUUUGGAGUCUAUUGCAAAGGAUACCAAACUUGAUGCUGAGUUGCUUCAGAGGUACAACCCUAGUGUGAAUUUCAGCCAAGGAAUUGGUCUUGUUUUUAUUCCUGGAAAAGAUAAAAAUGGAGUUUAUGUUCCCUUGCCCUCUAGCCCUAGAUGAAAUUGCGUCGUGCAGUUGAACUCGAGAGCGAUAAAGUAAUGCUAUCCAUAUCAAAAUUUCUUUUACAGUCUUGUUUGUGUUUAGUUAAUGUUAUCCAUAUAUAUGUUUAUGUUGUUGAUCUUAAUUUUAAUGUACUUUAAUUGUUGUUGUUGAAAAGUUCGGGAGCUGUCGAGAGGUUCCAUAUUGCCAAUGUUUUCUUAGUUGAUGAUUCAGUUUUUCCUACAACUAACAUCUCCGUCUAGGGAUAAAAUAUGAGGCAAAACCUCCUAACAUUCUGAAGGCCCAAGAAAGCCCUAUUUGUUUUGCAGACAUCUCGAUUAGUCAUAAUGUUCUCAAUAUUAAUAUCUCA